AUGUCUCUCUUCGUCCCUAACGCGAUCAUGACUUUACCAGUCGCCGUAGCGACCGUUGGUGCUAUUUUAAUUUACACCGUCUGCCGGGUCUUGUUCGGCCCCCUUGCAAAACUCCCAGGGCCCAAGCUAUACUCGUUGACUGGCCUGAUACUCAGCAAAGAAGGCUUCCAAGGUACACGGACACGGGCAAUCCACCGCCUCCAUCAACAAUAUGGCCCAGUCGUGCGCGUGGGUCCCAACGAGGUCUCUUUCAAUUCCCUGACAGCCUUGCGCCAGAUCUAUGGAGCCAGUAGUUCCUUUGGACGUCCGCCAGCGUUUUACCGCAUAUUCCAUGUGUACGGGCAGGUACACCUCUUUACAUUCUUUUCAUCAGCCGAGCAUGCAGCUCGAAAAAAGACCAUGAGCCAAAUGUACUCUAAGUCAACCGUUUUGAAAAGCCCGGUCGCCGACUCUAUUCAGUCCAAGGCCAAGCAAUUCACAGAUUUGAUCGAGUCAGAUCCGCACAUGGCGUCGGAUCUGACAAAGAGCUUGCAUUUCUUCUCUCUGGACAACAUUACGUGGAUGAUAUUCGGGGAUCGUGGAGGUACGGCCGCUCUGGCAGGCAAAGUGGCGGACAGGCAGAUCCUGAGUGACAUUGAUGAGCCUACGGCGCGCAGAUAUUCAUGGUUUCAAAUUCACCUGCCACGUUAUACUCAGUUUGUCAUGUCCUGCGGCUCGCGUCUGAGAUCGAUCUUCGAUACCUUCGGCUUUCUCCCAGGAAACAGACCGCUUGCGUACAGCGGGCUUCAAGAAUAUGCCUUGGCAACGUUUCACACCCUUCGAGAUGGCCCGUCCUCGACGGCAGCGAGCAAUGUUAAUCUCUUGAUGAGGUUGUUACACGAAAAGAAUAGCAAUUCUGGGAAAACACCGCUUUCUGACUUGGAGAUCGCCGCAGAAUGUGCGGACCAUCUUGAUGCCGGGCUCAAGACAACAAGCGACACAUUGAUGUUUGCUCUGUGGACGCUAUCGCUCCCAGGACAUCAACAGUACCAACAGCGUCUUAUGAACGAAGUGAAGGACGCGGCAUCCUCUCGGCCCCGCAGCGGCAUGGGUUUGCCAGCAGAUAUAUGCGACCGACUACCGUUCCUCGAUGCUGUGAUCAAAGAAACGUUACGUCUAUAUGCGCCUAUACCGGCAUCUCAACACCGGAUUAGCACGCGGGAUAAUACAAUUGAUGGCUAUCACAUCCCUGCAGGGACAAUAGUCAGCUGCCAAGCUUUCUCUCUUCACCGGAAUCCCAAGGUCUUUCCGGACCCCAACACAUUCAAUCCCGAGCGAUGGCUUGCCGACGACGCGGAGACUGCAGAGAUGAAACGCUGGUGGUGGCCGUUUUCUAGCGGGGCACGGAUGUGUCUUGGGACGCACUUGGCGCUCGCAGAAAUGAAAACGUUGCUUGCGGCCAUAUACCAGGCAUACUCGACAACACUGGACCCGGAAUUCGAGAAAUUGUCACCGAAAGCGACAAGCCGGUUUGAAUUGGUUUACGAUGACUCGUUUCCUAGCUGUGAGGGCGAGGAAUUCCGUAUCAUAUUCGACAGACGAUGA